GUUUAACACCACCACGGCGACAUUCGAAACCGCCCUUGGCUUCUUUCUCCACCUGUCAUAUCGAUUACUUGCUGCAUUGCGUGCUAUAAGCGUUGUGAGGGCUACGUGCUGAAGUCUCGAGGUAUUCGUCAGCGUUUGCGAGGUCGUCUAGGCAACACCACUUCUAUCCCACCAAACCCCUCAUCUAGGCCUCUACGCCAACCUCCAAACUCGAAUUCCACACUCCUCGCCACUCGAGCAAUUCACCUCCCACCCCUCUCCAAGAUGUCCAACACCGACUUCCUCGGCCGCGCCAUCGACGUCGUCAAAAAAGCCAUCGAGAGCGACACGAACGGCGACUACGACAAAGCGUACCAACUCUACUACCAGUCGCUGGAACUCUUCAUGCUCGCCCUGAAAUGGGAGAAGAACGCCCGCUCCAAGGAGAUGAUCCGCGCCAAAGCAUCGGAGUACAUGGAGCGCGCCGAGAAGCUAAAACAGCACCUCGCCGACGCGGAGGGGAAGCAUAAGAAACCCUCCAUGAUGGGCGCUGACGGGUCCUCGCGCGGGGGCAACGGCAAGGCCAAGGACGAGGACGAGGGCGACGCGGAUAACAAAAAACUACGCAAUGCGCUGGCCGGGGCGAUCUUGCAGGAUAAGCCGAAUAUCAAAUGGGAGGAUGUUGCGGGGCUGGAGGGUGCGAAGGAGGCGCUGAAGGAGGCGGUGAUUCUGCCGAUUAAGUUCCCGCAUCUGUUUGUGGGGAAGAGGCAGCCGUGGAAGGGGAUUCUGAUGUAUGGGCCGCCGGGGACGGGGAAGUCGUUUUUGGCAAAGGCGGUGGCUACGGAGGCGAAUAGUACGUUUUUUAGUGUUAGUAGCUCGGAUUUGGUGAGUAAGUGGAUGGGAGAGAGUGAGAGGUUGGUGAAGCAACUCUUCGCUAUGGCCCGCGAAAACAAGCCCUCGAUCAUCUUCAUCGACGAGGUCGACGCGCUCUGCGGCUCCCGCGACGAAGGCCAAUCCGAAGCCUCUCGCCGCAUCAAAACCGAGAUGCUAGUUCAGAUGGACGGCGUCGGGCAAGAUUCUCGGGGCGUCCUCGUCCUCGGCGCGACGAACAUCCCGUGGCAGCUGGAUAAUGCGAUUCGACGCCGCUUUCAGAGGCGUGUCCAUAUCUCUCUGCCCGAUUUGCCGGCACGGACGAAGAUGUUUGAGCUGGCGGUGGGGACGACGCCGUGUGAUCUUACGCCAGCGGAUUUUAGGAAGCUGGGGGAGCUGAGUGAGGGGUAUUCGGGGAGUGAUAUUAGUGUGGCGGUGCAGGAUGCGCUGAUGCAGCCGGUGAGGAAGAUUCAGAUGUCUACGCAUUAUAAGAAGGUCGAUGUCGAUGGCGCCGAAAAACUUACUCCCUGCUCCCCUGGCGACCAAGGCGCAAUCGAGAUGUCCUGGACAGAAGUCGACAGCGACGCUCUCCUCGAGCCCCCUCUCCUACUCAAGGACUUCAUCAAAGCAGUCAAGAGCUCGCGACCAACAGUGUCGCAGGAGGAUAUCAAGCGCAGCGAAGAGUGGACCGCCGAAUUCGGUAGUGAGGGCGCGUAGACGUUUGUUGUGGGGAAGGAGGAGUUGUCUGGAUGUGCGCAGAUAGCUUGGUUAGGAUGGGGUUGGACAUUGAAGCGCGGCGUUUGGGGAAGGGGUGGGAGCAUUUGUUUAUAGGAGGGUAUACAGAGAUGAGGAGGGGAUAUAGAAAAUUAUACAGAAUUAUUGAGUAUAUGUUAUGCCCACAGAACAUACAGUUAUAGCCACAACAGUCACAGUAUUCACGGCAGCA